AUGUCCAGCCACGGGAACACACCCAACGAAUCCGGCUCGAACGGUCCCGACAGAAACACAAACCCCCUGAACGCCCAACGCGUCCCCUCCUCCUCCCCUCCUCCGACCGCCUCUCCUCCGACCUUCGCCGCUCCUCAGGCCGCCUCCAUUCUGUCCUUCGCCCCUCCUGAGGCCGACCCCCUACCGCCCUUCGCAGACGCGCUCGCCUACAUGGCCGCUCAAGCCGCCCGCUCAUCCGCAGACGACGUGGAUCGCGGUCGGACCUACACUGAGGCCCACGGCGACACCUACGGCUCCAACGCAACCGCCGCCAUGGGCUCCGGCUGGCGAAGGUACCCUCCCCCGACCUCCGACCCCAACGGGCGCGGCAGGACGACCUGGAUCGACGACCCGUAUCGUUCCUACGGCCCACCGGGCACCGCCGCCCUGCGCAGCGGGACGGACUUGACGACCACGGCUCAGCGUCAGGGGCAGAAUCCGAACGCGUCCAUUCCCGGCGGCGGAAGCAGAAGCGGAAGCGGCCGCCCCAUUAGUGGGUUCGGAGGCGGGUUUGACGGCCCCAACGAUCCGACCCGAGCGGGCAUGUCUGAUUCGAGAUGGCACGCCAACACGCCUGAGACUUCCUAUGGUCGUGGUCUCGUUGCUACCGAGCGACAGACCGGCACAAGCGUAUAUGGCGGGUAG